CACGCGCCCCUUACAAAGCGUCACGAGUUAAACAACUGAUCAUGGGGAUAUCCGAUUUUGGUAGUUAGCCAUCAACAACUAUCCCUCUAUAGUUUGACCUCGUGGUUAUUAGCCACCAUCAUGUCAAACAUCACAAAGAAGGUGUCGUGGUCCAGCCGCGGGGAUGAACUCGGGCCAGUGGGAGAGGGAACCCCGCUGCUCAACGGAUCCGAGCAGCCCAGACACUCCAGACAGUUCUCUGAAGGAGGCAGUUUAUUUCAAAUAGACAGACUGAGCACGGUGGAUUUGGAAGAGGAGAUAUCGGCAGAAGAGGAGUCGGCACGAGGGCAGCCUAAAGAGAUCCCACACAAUGAGAAGCUCCUGUCACUUAAAUAUGAGAGUUUGGAUUAUGAUAACAGUGAAAACCAGCUGUUUCUUGAGGAGGAAAGGCGGAUGAGUUUUACGGGUUUCCGUUGUCUUGAAAUCAGCCGCUGGUUGAUCUGUGGGCUGAUCGGCCUGCUGACGGGACUCAUCGCCUGUUUUAUCGACAUUGUGGUGGAAAAGCUGGCAGGAUACAAAUAUGAAGCAAUUAAACAAAAUAUUGAAAGGUUUACAGAAGUGGGAGGACUGUCCAUCUCCCUCAUCCUCUGGGCUGUCCUGAACUUCUCCUUUGUCAUGGUGGGAUCCAUCCUUGUGGCCUUCUUUGAGCCUGUAGCAGCCGGAAGUGGGAUUCCUCAGAUCAAAUGUUACCUGAAUGGAGUCAAGAUUCCCAGAGUGGUGCGGCUCAAGACUCUGGUGAUAAAAGUGUGUGGUGUCAUCUGUUCAGUGGUUGGAGGUCUCGCUGUGGGGAAGGAAGGUCCCAUGAUUCACUCAGGCGCUGUCGUUGCUGCAGGAGUCUCCCAGGGUAGAAGCACCACCUUAAAGAAAGAUCUAAUGAUCUUUGAAUAUUUCCGAAGGGACACCGAAAAAAGGGACUUUGUCUCGGCUGGAGCUGCUGCUGGAGUCUCUGCUGCUUUUGGAGCUCCUGUAGGCGGUGUUUUGUUCUCUCUGGAGGAAGGAGCUUCCUUCUGGAACCAGAUGUUGACGUGGAGAAUUUUCUUUGCCUCCAUGAUCUCCACCUUCACUCUGAACUUUUUCCUGAGUAUUUAUCACAAUAAUACAGGUGACCUUUCCAAUCCAGGUCUUAUUAACUUUGGACGUUUUGAGAGUGAGAAUUUAAAUUACAACCUCUAUGAAAUUCCGUUGUUCAUUGCUAUGGGAGCAAUAGGUGGAGCUUUGGGAGCUCUGUUUAAUUUUCUCAACUACUGGCUGACAAUCUUCAGGAUCAGAUACGUUCACCGGCCGUGUCUGCAGGUGAUGGAGGCCAUGUUGGUUGCAGCGGUGACGGCGACUGUGUCGUUCACCAUGAUCUAUUUCUCCAAUGACUGUCAGCCUCUGGAUUCGGAGCAUGCAGAAGAGUACCCACUGCAGUUGUUCUGCGCAGAUGGAGAGUAUAACUCCAUGGCCACAGCCUUCUUCAACACUCCUGAGAGAAGUGUGCGCAGCCUCUUCCACAACCAGCCUGGAACCUACAACCCCCUGACGCUGGGUUUAUUCACCAUAACAUAUUUCUUUUUGGCGUGUUGGACCUACGGACUGGCGGUGUCCGCGGGGGUUUUCAUUCCUUCUCUUCUGAUAGGCGCCGCCUGGGGGAGGUUGUGUGGUAUCUGGCUGGCUUCUCUGGCUUCUGCUGGCUCGAUCUGGGCCGAUCCUGGUAAAUACGCCUUAAUCGGAGCUGCAGCUCAGUUAGGUGGGAUAGUCAGAAUGACGCUCAGCUUGACUGUCAUACUGGUGGAGGCGACGGGAAACGUAACAUACGGCCUUCCCAUAAUGCUUGUCCUUUUGACUGCUAAAAUCGUUGGGGAUUACUUUCAGGAGGGUUUGUACGACAUUCACAUCAAGCUGCAGAGCGUUCCCUUCCUGCACUGGGAGGCUCCUGCCACCUCGCACUGGCUGACCACCAGAGAGGUGAUGAGCUCUCCAGUCACAUGUCUGAACAGGAUAGAGAAAGUGGGAACCAUCGUAGAUGUCCUCAGCAACACCUCCACCAAUCAUAACGGCUUCCCUGUUGUCGUGCAGGUUUCUGAAAACGAUGAGCCAGCUAAGCUCUGUGGCCUCAUCCUCCGCUCGCAGCUCAUCGUUCUCCUCAAGCACAAGGUGUUUGUUGAGUUAGCCGGGUCCCGGCUGACCCGCAGGAAGCUUCAGUUAAAAGAUUUCAGGGAUGCAUACCCCCGUUUCCCCCCGAUCCAGAGCAUCCACGUCUCCCAGGAUGAGAGGGAGUGUUUGAUGGAUCUCACUGAGUUCAUGAACCCAACCCCCUACACCGUCACACAGGAAACUUCAUUGCCUCGAGUGUUUAAGCUGUUCAGAGCUCUCGGGCUUAGACACCUGGUUGUCAUAGACGAUACAAACCGGGUGGUCGGAUUGGUGACCAGAAAAGACUUGGCCAGAUAUCACCUGGGCAAACAUGGGCUGGAGGAGCUCCACCUGGCUCAGACAUAAUACAAACACAAACUGUGACCGCCUGAUGCCUCAGAGACUGCCUGCUGUGCAGCUUUAACAACACGCCUGAAGUUCCCAAGAGAUCUGCUGUUUCUCAAAAAGAAAACAAAAUCCACAAAGUUCCUCAUGGUUUUGAAAGUUGGACUUUGUUCCAAAGUUUUCUGAUUACUGGCUGUUUUUGUACUUCCUCAUCAUGCUAUCUGCAUCACUUCUUGUUUUUAUUUAAUUGAAUGCCUUUCAACUCAAGUCAGAAUAACUGGUGACACUUUAAGCUUCACUGACACUCUUUCUGGAUCCCUUCUUUUUAAUGUAGCUUCACUUUGAUGCUUUUUCUAGCAUAGAUUAUAGUGAAACUUCUAAUGUUUCAGCUGCUGUAUUUAGCAUAAAUAAGGCCGAAAGCUUUAUUUGGUUUCAGAUAACCCAGAUAAACUACAAUAACAGAAUGUUAAUUUUUCAAAUUGCAAAUUAAAUGUUGAAAAACUUUAAUUUCGAAAAUAUUCUCAUGUGAAAUUAUCUUCAGAUUGAAUACACAAAAUCUCUGUCUAUAUGACCAUAACAUAAGUCCAAAGUCAUGUUAAGAUCCAUCAAAUUGUGAAAAGUUGAAGUUUAUUCCAAAAAUGCAUCCAUUGUGCGCAACGGUUGGCUUCCCAUCACUUGGUGAGUUUUCAAGCUGUCUGUGUUUGUGAAGGUUUGCACUGAGUAAAUCAUAUUUAUUGCUCAUGUUUUGUUUGCUCAAAGGGGCAAAUACCUCCUCUGUGUACCUCUUUAUCAUUGACCUCAGUACCUUUUGUGUGCGGGACGACUGCAGGCAAAAAUCGUAUUGGUACUUAAAUGUAGGAAACUGUUUCCUUCAUAACUUUUGAAGGUUUUGCACUUUGUUCUCCUACUGAACAGGAGUCAGCGGUUUAAAGCCCCCAAAAUGCCAACACAGAGGUAUUUGACCAAAUGUGUAUUUGUUUGUUUUUCAUUUUGCUGCUUGAAUCUAACAUUUCUGAAGCUAUCAGUGUUAUUUUUUGUCACUGUUUAUGAUUUAUGUCUUCUGUCUUAUCUUAGUUGUAUUAUACUAAAUGGAGAAAUGGCCUCUUUGCCUGUUUUUUACCCACUAGAAAGUUUUGUGAAUUAAUAAAGACAUUCUGUAGUUGUUGGAGUAAAAUUGCUCAAAAGGUGUUUUAGCUUAUCUUUUUUUAAUGUUACAGAUAUAUUAAAUAUAUUUGUACUUGUUGAAGA